CGACAUCCUCUGCGGUGCCGCAGCACAUGGAUUUCAGGACUACCUGUGAGGAGACAAAGACAGGGAUUUGUUUGCUGCAGGAUGGUAAUCCGGAGCCUUUCAAAGUGCGGCUACACCUGGCCAAAGAUAUUCUGAUGAUCCAGGAACAGGAUGUGAUAUGUGUGUCUGGUGAGCCUUUCUAUUCUGGUGAAAGAACGGUGACCAUUAGAAGACAAACUGUAGGAGGAUUUGGAUUAAGCAUAAAGGGGGGAGCGGAACAUAACAUUCCAGUUGUCAUUUCAAAAAUCUCCAAGGAGCAAAGAGCCGAGCUCUCAGGACUGCUCUUCAUUGGGGACGCAAUUCUGCAGAUAAACGGGAUUAAUGUGAGGAAAUGCAGACAUGAAGAAGUGGUUCAGGUUCUUCGGAAUGCUGGAGAAGAAGUGACCCUGACGGUCUCAUUUUUUAAAAGAGCACCUGCUUUCCUCAAACUCCCACUGAACGAAGAUUGUGCAUGUGCACCGAGUGACCAGAGCAGUGGCACCUCCUCUCCCCUCUGCGACAGUGGCUUACACCUCAACUAUCAUCCCAACAACACAGACACGCUGUCCUGCUCUUCGUGGCCCGCGUCCCCGGGCCUGAGGUGGGAAAAGCGGUGGUGUGACCUCAGGCUGAUCCCUCUGCUGCAUUCCCGGUUCUCCCAGUACGUGCCCGGGACAGACCUGAGUCGGCAGAACGCUUUUCAAGUCAUCGCCGUGGACGGGGUCUGCAGCGGGAUCAUCCAGUGCCUCUCUGCUGAGGACUGUGGCGAGUGGCUGCACGCCGUAGCGGCCAAUAUUUCCAGCCUCACGAAGCACAACAUUAGAAAAAUCAACAGAAACUUCCCUGUAAACCAGCAGAUUGUCUACAUGGGCUGGUGUGAAACACGGGAACAAGGUCCCCUGCAGGACAGCGCGUACUCGCCGGCGUUCCUAGCCCUGCGGGGCUCGUGUCUUUAUAAGUUUCUGGCACCUCCAGUGACCACGUGGGACUGGACCCGAGCAGAGAAAACGUUUUCAGUUUAUGAGAUUAUGUGCAAGGUUCUCAAGGACAGCGACCUGCUGGACCGGCGGAAACACUGCUUCACCGUGCAGUCCGAAUCUGGGGAGGACCUCUACUUCUCCGUGGAAUUAGACUCUGACCUCGCCCAGUGGGAAAGAGCCUUCCAAACAGCAACCUUUCUGGAAGUGGAACGGAUACAGUGCAAGACCUAUGCGUGUGUGCUGGAAAGUCACCUGAUGGGGCUCACGAUCGACUUCAGCAUGGGCUUCAUCUGCUUUGACGCUGCGACCAAGGCAGUACUUUGGAGGUACAAGUUUUCUCAGCUUAAAGGUUCUUCGGAUGACGGCAAGAGCAAAAUCAAAUUUUUGUUUCAGAAUCCAGAUACUAAACAGAUUGAAGCAAAGGAACUGGAAUUUUCGAACCUGUUUGCUGUUCUUCACUGCAUUCACUCGUUCUUUGCCGCCAAGGUGGCUUGUUUGGACCCUCUCUUUUUAGGCAAUCAGGCUACUGCCUCUGCUGCUCCCAGCUCCGGCAUGAUGAGCAAAGCCAAGUACAUGACUUGACGGCCUGAGCUUGGCAUCCCUCUUACCUUGACUUACAAAAACAAUCAUACUUGUCGCUGUAGACCCUGGAGAAGCAAUCACAUCAUAGUCAACAGUGAAGCCAAGUUGAAAUUUCAGCAGAAAAGCAGGUCAUACGUAUCUCAGAAGCACUUCUGUUUUGAAGGCCUCUGGGAAUCAUCCUGAACGAACAGGAUA